AUGGAAACCUCCAAGCCUCCAUUAAUGACAUCUGAAAGCACUCUUUACAAUAGCAGUGCUGGUCCAAAAACGAAUGCUAGUAAUCCAAUCUUAAACAACACUGAUGGCAUUAAAGCUAUCAAAACUGAUGAUAUUGUCUACAUAUCGCUCAUCUCCUGCACUGAAAUUCCCAUGAUCUGUUUAGCUAUUUAUGCUGUUUAUUUUCUCAUCAAAUCUAAUCAAGCUACUCCAGUUUUCCUCAUAAAUCUGCUAAUUUCAGAUAUAAUACUUAUUGUUAGCAUGCUACUCCGAGCCAUUAGCUUCAACCGGAUAAUGUUUUACACCUCAUUGAUCGGAAUGCAUUGGAGUGGUUUCACAGGUGCGUAUUUAAUGACAUGCAUAUCCGUAGAGAGAUACGUUGUGAUCGCUCAUCCCGUUUGGCACAGGUCUCAUCACUCAGUCAAAUGUCUUGUUUAUAUUUCUCUGAUUGGUUUGCUUUUGUCUAUUAUUGUUUUUCUAACAAUCGAUGUAAAAUCAGACCUAUUACAUUUUAUGGCCUUCAUCCCCUAUCCAGUGAUCAUUUUAUGUUUUGUAGGUGCAUGCAGGUCCCUCUCUCGCUCAAUAUCACUCACUCCUCUAAAGAGGCAGUUAGUUCUGAGUCCUCUGCUCUUUGUGGUGAUCAGUUACACCUUUCUAUUCCUACCAGUUAAUAUUCUAGGUAUUCUGGUUACAAAAUUUAGUCAUUCACAAAAACUUGCUCGUCUAGCUUUCAACCUUUAUCUGUUAAACCCGCUUGUGGACUGUUUGCUGUAUGUGUUCAUGAGGAGUGACGCUGAGAACAUCAUCAGGAUGCCUCACUGCUGCACCAGACUGAAGAGAGUUCAGAGUGAAACGGGACACACAACUUCUACUGAUGUACAGCAUUCUCAUGUGUGA